UCAGCUCGGGUGCGUCAUAUAAAAGCUCUGCGCUCUCUUUGUUUAUUGUAAAGGGAAGUGAGGGGUUCUGCUCACGGUGUUGUGGCUUUUAAACAAUUUAAAACAAGUACACUUUUACAGCACCGUCUAUUACAAGGGUCACAUCUUAGCCAUGGUGGCAAUGGCAAAGAAGUUGAAAACCUUCCAAAUCACUCUAAUGGAUUCAAACAAGUCAUUUUACUGCGGCGGGGACAAGUUGUGCGGCCGGAUAGAAGUAGAGGUGAGCGAGGUGACUCGAGUGUCUGCCAUGAAGUUACAGGCACUUGGUUGCGCAAAGGUGGAGUAUGCUAAAGGCAAGCAGCGGUGUCGCCAGGAAGCCGAGUACCUACGCUAUGAAGAGGUCCUGCAGUUGAGCGAGCAGCCCACAGACUCUGAUGGAUCAGUUGUCUUAAGGCCUGGAAACAGAUAUGAGUACACGUUUGAAUUUGACCUUCCUCAGCAAGGGCAGUUGGUGUCUUCAUACAAGGGGAAGUUUGGUUAUGUCCACUAUUAUGUAAAGGCCCUGUUGGAGAGGCCACAGCAGCCUACCCUGGAGUGCAAGAAGUGCUUUGAGGUGGAGGAACCUCUGGAUGUCAACACACCAGACCUGCUGUCUCCCACAGGUGGCGCAAAGGAGAAGAAGGUCACCUGCAUGUUCAUCCCUGAUGGCCAAGUGUCACUGAAUGCAAAAAUUGACCGACGUGGAUUCUGUGAAGGUGAAGACAUUUUUAUCAAUGCAAAGUUUGAGAACACUUGCUCCCGCAUUGUGGUACCCAAGGCCGCCAUUAUCGCCAAACAUACCUACCAGGCCAAUGGCCGCAGCAAAGUCUUUCGGCAGAAGCUGUCUUCGGUGCGUGGAAAUCACAUUAUCUCAGGCAUGUGCGACGCCUGGCAGGGAAAGACUAUCAGGGUGCCAAAGAUCAAACCGUCCAUGCUCGGCUGCAACAUCAUUCGUGUGGAAUAUGCACUCAUGAUUUAUGUCCACAUCCCUGGUAGUGAGAAGCUAAUUCUGGAGCUACCUCUGGUUAUUGGGACUGCUGGCCUUGGUAGCCGUAGCAACAGUGUUAGUAGCCAAGAGGGUUCAGUCAGCAGCAUGUCUCAGAGCUGGGUGUCCCUCAGGAUGCCCUCUAAGCCUCCAAGUUACUGUGACAUCACCAAAGACUGUGGUCUGGAUCAGCCCCUCACCCCCCUGCUGGACGACGUUGACUGUGAUGACAGUCCCAUCUUCAUGAAUGCACCGAGCUUCCAAUUCCCAUCACCUCCAGCAAACACUGAAGUAGGCAUCUCAGACAACUUGGUUUGACAGAGGAGGAGUAUAAGGGGAAUUCACGCAUGCUGCCUGUCUGCUGAAGCCUAUCGGUGAGAAUCCUGGAGAUGUAUUUAAGCUCUUACAGACAAUUUACAGGUACUUAAAAAGUAGUUGAGGUGCCCACGCCAAAUGAAAUGGGGUGGUGUAAAGCACCUUACAAAAAAACAAAGAUUUUUGUCCAUCACUGUGCUUCAUCAUGUAUGCUGAUCCAAAGUCUUCUUUCUGGAACCUGUUGGGCCAGACACCUGAGGCCAGAAAUUUUGUGGUAUGCUACAUUUUAGAACAAGGUUUCCCUUUUUUAGACUUUGGGGAUCAAACAUCAAAUGUGUAAGAUCCCAGCCUGCUAUAACAUGUUUUCUUUUCAUUAUGAAUCAUAGUCAUUCCAAUGUAAUCCUGAAUUUUUAAGAAAAAUUACAGGGGGUGUCACCAUGUUUUGUUAGGGUUGCAGUACUGUAAAGAAUUUGUUGGGAACAAAUCUUUAUCAGGUGUAAAAUAACCUUAAACAGCAGUCUUAUUUUCAUGUAUACUAGUGCAUAGAACUAUCAUUUAUUCCUUCUAUUUAAGUCGCUGUUUCUGUCUUGUGCAACUUCUGUUGACUACUUGUGUUUGAUGCUUGUUGGUUUUGAUAUGAAAAGCAAAUAUAUUUCCAGGGGAAGAUUCCACUUUGUUAAAAAAAAAUCUACAUUUAACUUUUAUUUGACAGUGCAAGUGCCAAAAGUCAAAUCAGCGAACAUGUUUAGAUUUCUUUCUUGUGAAGCACCUUAAUGGAACUCAAGCUUUGUAUGUAACUUUGAGUUAUUCUAAGAUAGAAUUUCACAUAAUCAUCUGCUUUAUGCUCAGUCUUUGAUUUCUGAGCUUUCAGAGCCCGAAAUGGGUUCUUUGUGUGUAUAUUUGCAAUAACUUGUCUGUACAUAAGUUAUUUUUGUAUGGAACCCUAUGGGUCAUUUUUUAAAAUAAAUGUUUAAAAUAA